AUGGCGUCCAGGGAGGUCAGCAUCCAGAUGGUGGGGGUACUGGACGGCCAGCCGAGGGGCGCUCCGUUCCCGGAGCCGCUUCUCCUUCGUGUCUCGUCGCAGAACGCCGGCGUUUCUUCGAUGGAGGCUGCGGAUGCGGUCGUUUCCGGCGGCAGGACCACCAAGGAGGCCGUCGCGGCUGCUUACGCUGAGACGCCGAGCUCUGUCUUGAUCAGCGUCCCGGGCUCGCCGUCGGGGCUCCACCUCGCGCAGCUCGGCAUGCCACCGUUGGUCUGCGCCAACGAGGCCGACGUGGGCGCCCCUGCCGUGCCGGCGAGCGUGUUGAAGGUCGAGCGGAUUCACCACCCGGCUGUGCCGCAGCUGCUGAAGCAGGCCCGGCACCACUCGCAGCCGUCCUUGGUGGUCAGAGUUGGCGGCGAGGUGCCGGCGGUGCUGCGAAGCGACAGCAUGCGGGAGCGAGACCGGCGGUUUGACCAGUUCAAGACGUUCUCUGGCCGCCUUGAGCGGCAGCUCUCCAGCCUCCGCGGGGUGCCACAGGACACCGACGUCGAGCAAGGUGCGGCGUCAAAGAUCUCAGAGGAGGACACCGACGAGGACGAUGAAGUGCCCACUGCCGACCGCUACUUCGCCGCGCUCGAAGGACCCGAGCUCGAGACACUUCGGUCGACAGAGGUGGCCGUGUUGCCUAAGGAUGAGACAUGGCCGUUCCUGCUCCGAUUCCCCAUCAACGCCUUUGGAAUGUGCCUUGGCGUGAGCAGCCAGGCCAUGCUGUGGAAGACCCUUGAGUCGGAGCCCUCCACCAAGUUUCUUCAUGUGCACCCUGCUACUAACCACGUCCUCUGGUGGAUCUCCGUCGCACUCAUGGUCGUCGUCUCCAUCACCUACCUUCUAAAGAUUGUUUUCUACUUCGAGGCCGUCCGCCGCGAGUUCCACCACCCCGUGCGCGUCAACUUCUUCUUUGCACCAUGGAUUGCCUGCCUUUUUCUUGUCAAGGGCGUGCCGCAUCCGGUGUGGGAGAUCCACCACGCCGUCUGGUACUUGCUCAUGGCACCCAUCCUGUGCCUCGACCUCAAGAUCUAUGGCCAGUGGAUGUCUAGUGGUGAGCGGCGUCUCUCUAAGGUAGCCAACCCAUCCAACCACCUCGCGAUCGUCGGCAACUUUGUUGGCGCACUUCUCGGUGUUAGGAUGGGCCUUCGGGAGCUGCCCAUCUUCUUCUUUGCCGUCGGGUUGGCCCACUAUGUCGUGCUAUUUGUCACUCUCUAUCAGCGGCUCCCCACCAACGUGCAACUCCCCAAGGAGCUCCACCCAGUGUUCUUCCUUUUCGUCGCCGCACCUAGCGUUGCUUCCAUGGCUUGGACGAGGAUCUCUGGAGAGUUCAACGAUGGUUCCAAGCUCCUUUACUUCGUCUCGCCAUUCCUCUACGUGUCUCUAGUGGUGCGUAUCAACCUCUUUAGGGGGUUCAAGUUCUCGCUGGCAUGGUGGGCGUACACAUUCCCAAUGACGAGUGUGGCCUUGGCGACGGUGUUAUAUGCAUCAGAGGUGGACAACAUGCUGACACGGGCACUGGCGGUCGGUUUGUCAGGAAUUGCCGUUGUCACGGUCACCGGCGUGCUAGCCACCACCAUGUACCACGCCUUCGUGCGGAAGGACCUCUUCCCCAAUGACGUAUCCAUAGCCAUCACGCGACGAAGGCCCAAGUUUAGCAAGAUCCUCGCGCACCUUCGGUCAUCGAGCUCAGAUGUCAAGGAGCUUGUUCUCUCCAUUCCAAAUUUUAGUUCCAAUUCCAAGCAGGGCGCAUACUGCGAUGACGCCGGCUCCAGCUACAAGACGAGCGGCAAUGUCGGCGAGUCUCCUGUGGCACACGGACACGGAAGAGCAAAGUGUUAG